AUGAUCGGUGUAUCACCUGAAGUGACUAUUGAUGUUCUUCAUUGUCCUUACAAAACUGAAGACUUAUCACAUUUGUCUCUAGGUCCGAAUUAUGGUCGACCAAAUCCAAGUGCACUUCGUCCGAUAAAACAUCGUGAAACUCAAAUACAAUAUCAUCUCAAAGAUAUUAAUGAGAAAUUUAGAUGUCAAUUGAAGAACUACUGUAACAGAGAAUCUCCAGCAGCAAGAAUGAAAGAGUAUUCUCAAUUAGUUGAAGAUCUACUUCGACAACAUUAUAUAGCUCCAUUAUCCUAUGUUGAUAGCAUGCGUGCUCAACGAGAAUUCAAAUUAGUAAAGUCUAUUCGACGAAAAGCACAAAAAGCAAAACUUAUUAUACGGGUUUGUGAUAAAGGUGACAGCUUACAUAUUGGGAAUAAAAGUGAUUAUGAAAGAAAAGCAGCAAAAUAUCGAGAAGAUAAAAACGCCUAUCAAGAAUUAUCAUACAAUCCAUUGAUGGAAAUAUUAACUAAUGUAACAAAUGCUCUUAAUGCUCUCAAGAAUAACAAGCAAUUGGUACUCAAAGAUUAUAAUCAUCUAAUGCCCAAACUGGAUCUCGUCAGAUUAUCUUACAUGUAUUUUAAUCGUAAACCACACAAGGAAGAAACGCCAUUACGACCCAUUCUGAAUACCAUUAAAGCAGUAACAAGACCUAUCUCCGAUUUCUUAAAUGAAUUGAUUCGACCUAUCUACGAUCAAUAUAAUCAAGAUUAUACAAUUAUUGAUGGUGUGAAUCUUAUCAAACGUCUCGAAAAAUAUGCUGCUGGUGGUCAUCUUAAGCCGUCGACUCUUUUCUGUACUUUUGAUAUUAAUAACUUGUAUACCAUGCUGCCACAAGAUGAAUCCAUUCGAAUUCUAGGCGAUUUUCUUCAUCACUAUGUUCGUGAAAGAGUUAAAAAUAUCUGGGUUGCAGCAUUCAAAAAUUGGCCGAAAUUGUUUUGA